UUUUCAGUUUAGUUUACGUGGUCUGUUUAUGUACAUCAGUCGUAUUUCUUCAUGAGGUAUUCUAAGCUGUCAUCUCUAUCUCUGUCGUCUUUCCUCUCUGUUGGCCCACAUUUCAAAAUACAAUAUUUAAACAAUUAUUUCUACUACCAACACUAUUAUUCACUUGUUCAAGGUCAAUGUACAGCAACAGAGCAUCGUUUUGGUUUGUCGUAUAGAAUGCAAUUUAGGGGUAGUCAAAGGCUCUAAAAAAGAAUGUUCUAUCUACUGAUACAUUUAUUUCAUAGUUUAAUACUAAAACUAAACAAUUGACCACGCUAUCAGAGGAUUUUAUCAUCAGAUAUCAAGUGUAAUCAUGUUCCUGCUUAAGCGGUUUAUAAUUGGGGUGGUCUUUGUGGUGGUGGGGUGGUCGCCACGAAACUCUUGUUGCGCUUGGGAUUCAAAGUCGCCAAACUUUUUUCAAGAUUUGAAAGCUGAAGCUGACAGGAAGGCGGAAGAUACUUGUUUUUGCCAGUUGGAGGGGGCGAUUGAUGACUGUGCCUGCCAAAUUGGAACAGUUGACAAGUUCAACAAUUUGAAGAUUUACCCCAGGCUUCAAUCCCUGCUAAGCAAAGACUACUUUCGCUACUUUCAGGUAAAUUUGAAGAAGCCAUGUCCUUUUUGGACAGAUGAUGGUGCAUGCGGUUUGGAAUCUUGUCAGGUCAAAGCAUGUACAGAGGAUGAAAUCCCGAUUGGUCUGAAAGGGCAGAACCGAAAAAUAUCAACGACCAAAACUGAGAGAAAAUGUUCUGAAGAUUUAGGCUCAAUUAACGAGACAAUCAGCGAGGAAUCUCAAGCAGAUUUCGAGCGUUGGAAAUCUCACGAUGAGAAUUUAGUGGAUUUCUGUACCGUGAAAGAUGAUAUUGACCCUGAUGCACAAUAUGUUGACCUACUUCUUAAUCCAGAACGUUUUACUGGGUACGUUGGGCCAUCUGCUCAUCGAAUUUGGGGUUCAAUUUAUAACGAGAAUUGUUUCAAGCAAUCGUUUGCCACAAGUGUUAUGGAACCAUUUAAUAAAUCCAAUGAAACUUGUAUUGAGAAGCGAGCAUUUUAUCGAGCGAUAUCUGGCCUGCACGCUAGCAUAAAUAUACACCUUAGUGCCAAAUACUUGUUGGAUCGGUCUCAAGCAAACUCCUUUCUGUCCACAACUUCAGACGGGAAAUGGGGCCAUAAUGUGACUGAAUUUAGAAACAAAUUUGAUAAGCCUGAAGCCCACAAAAAGGGUUUCUCAUGGCUAAAAAAUCUCUAUUUUCUCUAUCUUCUCGAAUUGAAAGCAGUCAUCAGAGCAGCUCCCUUCCUCCGAAACUUUAACUUUUACACGGGAAAUGAGGAAGAGGAUGCAGAUAUGAAAUUGGCUGUUGCUGACUUACUAAGAACAAUUGAUGGGUUUCCCUCGCAUUUUAAUGAGAGUGCACUAUUCAACAAUAAGGAUGGACCAAAAUUGAAAGCUGAUUUCCAUGCAAGAUUUACCAAUAUUACGAAAAUAAUGGAUUGCGUGGGUUGCCAAAAGUGUAGAUUGUGGGGAACUAUUCAAGUUAAAGGAUUGGGUACCGCACUAAAAAUCUUGUUUUCGGAUCCAUCCGCAUUUAGGCGUGGUCCUGAGUUCUUGUCAAGACCUGAAAUCGUAGCAUUACUUAAUGGCUUUGGAAGACUAUCAAAUAGUAUUUUCGAGCUAGAAAAUUUUAGAAGACUGAUGGAUCUGGAGAAUUCAAACACAAACACUGGCUGGAUGCCUGUAGGAAGUGGAUGAUAUUUGCUAAAAACUAGCUCAACUUCGAAUUAUUUAACGCUGGAUAAUGUAACAACUGCAAUCGUUUUCACUUUAUUCGUAAUUAGGUUUUUAUAAUAUUGUUCAGCAAUAUUUUUGUACCUGCAUAGAUUUAAAUUAUAUUGUAUCGUGCUCUUCACCUUAGCAGUCAAAGUAUUUAAAUGAAAUGAAGGUUCGUAUGUUACCUAAAAUCUCAUUUAUUACUACCAUACCAAAGUCAAGAAACCUUGUUGUAUUUAUUUUCAUGAAAUUGUAACCGAGUGAGACCUUUAAUAGUGUAUUAACGUUCGCGGUCCCCUAUUAUAUCUUAGAUAUAUUAUUUAUUGUGGCAUAAGCUAAACACUUGAACAUUGUUUUACCUUGUAAUCGAAUGCAAUGCAUAGUUUUGCAAUUCAAUUCCCUGUGAUGUUAUUUUAUUAUGUAUCUACUCCGUUAACCUUAGAUAUACAAUUCUACUCUCGCAACUACAUUACUUUGAACGAGUUCACAAAAUAUUCUUAAUGUAGAAUAUAAAUAUUAUGCAAUUGAUGAAAUUAAAACUUUAACAGACUGUUAAAUCAA